AUGUUUCUCCCAGCCAAACCAGAAACCAAGCCAAAGAAGGCUGCGAGGAGGAGAACUAGGAAGAACCUGAAGGACGGGAGCACUUGUAGCUGGUCUACAGACACUGAAGAUCCUGCUUGUACCAACUUGAAGAAGAUAGUGAAGGCAAGGAAGCCCAAAACACGCAAGAGCCAAUCCCAUCAGACAAAAGACAUCAAGGACACUGCCAAUGAGAGAGAGGACAGCAAGGCUCCAGCAAAUCACCGAGAUGACAGCAUGGCCCUGGUUAAUGAGAGAGAAGACAGCAAGGGGUCAGGGUUCACAGGUGAGUGCGAGGACCUAUCUCUGUCUGGCCCAGAGAGCAGAACACACCAGAAAAAGACCAGACAAGUUAAGAAGACCCCAGAGAAAGACAAAGACAAUGCCAAGACCCCACAAAAAGAGUCCAAUAACAGAGUCAACAUCCCUGAUUCAUUGCAGGAUGAGGAAGCUCUGAGUAAGCAGAACGGGAAGAAAAAUAAGGAUUUGGGAUCAAAUGGGAAAAGCAGAAAUGGGGAAAGACUGAAGGACUUCUAUGAAGAAUGUAUGGAAAUGAGCACUGGGCUGGACCUGAGCCCAAACAAACAGCACUGGUUCAAGGCAAACAUACUGGAAAGGCGGCGUCUGGAGAAGAAGUUGUCAUCUUGUCCCAACCCCUCGGGCUCAGAUGUGGAGCUAAGUGAGGAGAGUGACAGUGGUCUGCACCCUGACAGGCAGCCAGGGGACCAGGACCGAGCUGUACUCAACACGAGUCAAACACACAUCUCAACGAUAGAACAAGAUCUACAGGCCCAGCUGGAUGUGAUGAUGCAGGUGUUGAACACGUCUGACGAGGUGGAGCAGCUAGUGCUGAGGAACACUGGCUUGACAGACGCACUCCUACUGAGCCUGGCCGCAGCCCUGAAGAGGAGCGCCUCGGAGGUCACAUUCCUCAAUCUCAACCUCAACCACCUCGGACCCCAAGGGGCCCACAUCCUCCUGGACCUACUGGGGGCCAAGCCCCAGGUCAAAGGACUGCUGGGCACUCUCUACCCCUUUUCACUGUUGGAGCUGGACAUAGGAGGAAACGGGCUGAGCAGCAAUGGCCUGAGGAUGUUGACAUCCUACAUGAGACUCCACUCAAGACUGCAGUACCUGGGGCUGGCCCGGACCACUGGUGCGGACCUAGAGGCAUGGCGGGAGCUGUUUGACUCUCUGAAGGGAAACGUGACCCUCAGCCAUAUUAUCCUGGAUGAGAGUAACCUAGGAGACCAGGGAGCCAGGCUAUUCGCUGACACACUGAGAGACAAUCAGAGCCUGAGGCAGGUGGAUCUGGACAGUAAUGGGAUUGGUGAGGUGGGAGGAAGUGAAAUCAUAGAGGCGCUGCUUUGUAGGACACAGUUUCCGCUGAGACACCUGAGUCUGGAGGGGAAUGGUAUCAGCACCGGACUAAUGGGUAGAAUUCAACAGGAAGUGAGAUUUAACUGA